AUGUUGACAACAACUACAGAAGCUCCCAGAACCACCACAGCUUCCCUACAACAACCACAGCUCUACAACAACAACAGCCAUCCAAACAACAACAACAGCUGUUCCCCCAACAACCACCGCUUCCCCAACAACAACCAUAGCUGCUGCUACGACAACAACAGCUGCAGCUACAACAACCAAAGCCAUCCCCACAACCACAGAUGCUCCCGGAACAUCCACGUCUACAAUGACAACCACAGCCGCAGCACCGACAACCACAGCCAGCUCCACAUCAACCACAGCUUCCCCCACAUCAAACACAGAUGCUGCUACGACAAAAACAGCCGUCCAGCCAAUAUCCACAGCUGUUCCCACAACAACCACAGCUUCCCCCACAACAACCAUAGCUGCUGCUACGACAACAACAGCUACAAUAACCAAAGCCACCCCCACAACCACAGAUGCUCCCGGAACAACCACAGAUGCUCCCGAACAACCACGUCUACAACGACAACCACAGCCGCAGCUCUGACAACCACAGCCAGCCCCACAUCAACCACAGCUUCCCCACAUCAAACACAGAUGCUGCUACGACAACAACAGCCGGCCCCACAACAUCCACAGCUGUUCAUACAACAACAAUGCACCCACAACAACCACAUAUUCUCUAACAACUACUACAGAAAUUCCAACAACCACAACAGCUUCCUCUUCAACAACCACAGCCGCCUCAACAACAACCACAGCUUUCCCCAUGACAACCACAGUUGCUGCUACUACAACAACAACUGCGGAUUCAACAACCACAGAUGCACCCACAACAAUCCAAAAAAUGUUGACAACAACUACAGCAGCUCCCAGAACCACCACAGCUUCCCCUACAACAACCACAGCUGUACUCACAACAACCACAGCAUCCACCACAAAAACCACAGUUACUGCUGCUACGACAACUACAGAUUUGGCUACAAAAACAACACUUUCUCCAACAAAAAUCACAGCAGCACCAACACCGACUACAGCUGCUCCCACAACAACCACACUGCAGACACAAGAAGAAGAGCUCACAGCUUCCCCCAAAACAACCGCAGCAACAUUAAUGACAUCUACAGCAGCAGCUAUGACAAGUACAGCUGUAGCUACAACCACUACAGAUGCACUCACAACAACCACAACCACAGCUGCUCCCAUUCCAAACACAUCUGCUCCCACAACAACCACAUCUGCACCACCUACAACCGCAGCAUCUCCAAUAACAUCUACAUUGGAGGCUUCAACAACAGCUCCCACAACCAUAAUAGCUUCCAUUACUACAAGCACAGCUUCCCCCAAAACAACCACAGCGACAUUAAUGACAUCUACAGCAGCAGCUACAACGACUACAGAUGCACUCACAACAACCACAACCACAGCUGCUCCCAUUCCAAACGCAGCUGCACCCACAACAACUACAUCUGCACCACCUACAACCACAGCAUCUCCAAUAACAUCUACAGCAGAGGCUUCAACAACUGCUCCCACAACAACCACAUCUGCACCACCUACAACCACAGCAUCUCCAAUAACAUCUACAGCAGAGGCUUCAACAACAGCUCCCACAACCAUAAUAGCUUCCAUUACUACAAGCACAGCUUCCCCCAAAAACACAGCAACAUUAAUGACAUCUACAGCAGCAGCUACGACAAGUACAGCUGUAGCUACAACCACGACAGAUGCAGCCACAACAACCACAACCACAGCUGCUGCUACAACAAUAACAACAGCUACAGCAACAACACCCAAAACCUCGCCCAUAACAACCACAUCUGCACCAACCACAGCAUCUCCAAUAACAUCUACAGCAGAGGCUUCAACAACAGCUCCCACAACCAUAAUAGCUUCCAUUACUACAAGCACAGCUUCCCCCCCAAAAAACACAGCAACAUUAAUGACAUCUACAGCAGCAGCUACGACAAGUACAGCUGUAGCUACAACCACGACAGAUGCAGCCACAACAACCACAACCACAGCUGCUGCUACAACAAUAACAACAGCUACAGCAACAACACCCAAAACCUCGCCCAUAACAACCACAUCUGCACCAACCACAGCAUCUCCAAUAACAUCUACAGCAGAGGCUUCAACAACAGCUCCCACAACCAUAAUAGCUUCCAUUACUACAAGCACAGCUUCCCCCCCAAAAAACACAGCAACAUUAAUGACAUCUACAGCAGCAGCUACGACAAGUACAGCUGUAGCUACAACCACGACAGAUGCAGCCACAACAACCACAACCACAGCUGCUGCUACAACAAUAACAACAGCUACAGCAACAACACCCAAAACCUCGCCCAUAACAACCACAUCUGCACCAACCACAGCAUCUCCAAUAACAUCUACAGCAGAGGCUUCAACAACAGCUCCCACAACCAUAAUAGCUUCCAUUACUACAAGCACAGUUUCCCCCAACACAACCACAGCAACACGAAUGACAUCUACAGCAGCAGCUAUGACAAGUACAGCUGUAGCUACAACCACUACAGAUGCAGUCACAACAACCACAACCACAGCUGCUUCUACAACAAUAACAACAGCUACAGCAACAUCACCGAAAACCUCGCCCACACCAAACACAUCUGCACCAACCACAACCACAGCAUCUCCAAUAACAUCUACAGCAGAGGCUUCAACAAGUGCUCCAAUGACCACCACAGCUGCAUCCACAGCUACCACAGCUGCAUCCACAACCACAACAUUUGCACUAACAACAUCCCCAGCUGCUGCUAUGACAACAACAGCCACCCCUACAACAACUACAACUGCUCCCACAACAACCACAGCAGUGCCAACAUCAACCACUGCAGCUCCCACUACACUCACAGCUUCACCAUCGACAACCACAGUUGCUGCAAAGACCAGCAACACCCACCACACAACAACCACAGCUGCUGUAACUACCACAGCUACAGCUGCACCAACGUCAACUACAGCUGCUAA